AUGGGCCUGUCCCGGCCCUGUCCCAGGCGUGUCCCGGCCCUGUCCCGGGCCUGUCCCGAGCCUGUCCCGGUCCUGUCCCGGCCCUGUCCCGGCCCUGUCCCGAGCCUGUCCCGGCCCUGUCCCGGCCCUGUCCCAGGCGUGUCCCGGCCCUGUCCCGGCCCUGUCCCAGGCCUGUCCCAAGCCUGUCCCGGCCCUGUCCCGAGCCUGUCCCGGCCCUGUCCCGAGCCUGUCCCGGCCCUGUCCCGAGCCUGUCCCGGCCCUGUCCCAGGCCUGUCCCGGCCCUGUCCCAGGCCUGUCCCGGCCCUGUCCCGGCCCUGUCCCAGCCCUGCCCCAGCCCUGUCCCAGCCCUGUCCCGAGCCUGUCCCGGCCCUGUCCCAGGCCUGUCCCGGCCCUGUCCCAGCCCUGUCCCGGCCCUGUCCCAGCCCUGUCCCAGCCCUGUCCCGGCCCUGUCCCGAGCCUGUCCCGGCCCUGUCCCAGGCCUGUCCGGGCCUUUCCCAGCCCUGUCCCAGCCCUGUCCCGGCCCUGUCUCGGCCCUGUCCCCGCCCUGUCCCGGCCCUGUCCCAGGCCUGUCCCGGCCCUGUCCCGAGCCUGUCCCGGCCCUGUCCCGAGCCUGUCCCGGCCCUGUCCCGAGCCUGUCCCGGCCCUGUCCCAGGCCUGUCCCGGCCCUGUCCCAGGCCUGUCCCGGCCCUGUCCCGGCCCUGUCCCAGCCCUGCCCCAGCCCUGUCCCAGCCCUGUCCCGAGCCUGUCCCGGCCCUGUCCCAGGCCUGUCCCGGCCCUGUCCCAGCCCUGUCCCGGCCCUGUCCCAGCCCUGCCCCAGCCCUGUCCCAGCCCUGUCCCGGCCCUGUCCCGAGCCUGUCCCGGCCCUGUCCCAGGCCUGUCCGGGCCUUUCCCAGCCCUGUCCCAGCCCUGUCCCGGCCCUGUCUCGGCCCUGUCCCCGCCCUGUCCCGGCCCUGUCCCAGGCCUGUCCCGGCCCUGUCCCGGCCCUGUCCCCGCCCUGUCCCGGCCCUGUCCCCGCCCUGUCCCAGGCGUGUCCCGGCCCUGUCCCAGGCCUGUCCCAGCCCUGCCCUUGUCUGGGUCUGCCAACCCUGUCCCGGCCCUGUCUCAGCCCUGUCCCAGCCCUGUCCCAGGCAUGUCCCGGCCCUGUCCCAGCCCUGUCCCGGCCCAGUCCCGGCCGUGUCCCGGCCCUGUCCCGGCCCUGUCCCAGCCCUGUCCCAGGCAUGUCCCGGCCCUGUCCCAGCCCUGUCCCGGCCCUGUCCCAGGAGUGUCCCGGCCCUGUCCCAGCCCUGUCCCAGCCCUGUCCCAGGCGUGUCCCGGCCCUGUCCCAGCCCUGUCCCGGCCCUGUCCCGGCCCUGUCCCAGCCCUGUCCCAGGCCUGUCCCAGGCCUGUCCCGAGCCUGUCCCGAGCCUGUCCCGGCCCUGUCCCGAACCUGUCCCAGGCCUGUCCCAGGCCUGUCCCAGGCCUGUCCCAGCCCAGUGA